AUGGUAGAAGUCUCAUCAAAUAAACCGAGCCGGUGCGAUGCGAACGAUAAAUUAAAGAAAUUAAUAUUCGAAAAAACGCAGAGAAGAGAAAAUAUUACAUCGCACCGGCCACCGAGAGCAAGAAAAGAGAUGGCUCUGAACCCUCAGCUCUUCCAAAAUGGGAUGCCCGUUCCAUUUGUUAACGAGAUCUUUGUUUUGACUAGGGAUGGCGUCGAGUUCGAGAUUGACAAGAUCCCUGGAAGUCAUGGAGGUCAUGUUAAAGCUAAGGGAAUAAUCUACUUGUCAAAUAUUCGCAUGGUUUUUGUUGCAUAUAAACCUGUUGGAAACUUCACUGCUUUUGAUAUGCCCCUGCUUUAUAUUCAUGGUGAAAAAUUUAACCAACCAAUAUUCUUUUGCAACAACGUCUCCGGGCUUGUGGAACCAGUAGUCCCCGAAAAUGAGAAUGCUGCUCUCUACUCCACUCAUUCAUUCAAGAUUUUGUUCAAGGAAGGGGGUUGUGGAACCUUCAUUCCGCUCUUUUUCAACUUGCUCUCUUCAGUAAGGCAAUACAAUCAGCAACAAACCUCUGGAAUGGGGCCCCAGAUGAACCCUUUAGUAGCUGCGCAGACCCCAGUUGAUGAAAUGAUGAGACAUGCAUACGUUGAUCCUAAUGAUCCAACAAGAAUAUUUUUGCAGCAGCCCACUCCAGAAUCGGAGUUAAGGAGGCGCACAUACCAGUUGUCUCCAGCUGAACGCUCCAUGUAAUAACCCUUCUCUUUGUGGGAGUACUUAUCCAGCAAACUAGCUAAAUGCAAUUAUAUUUGUGAUGUUGUACAGAGCAAACCUAAUUACUGUAGUUGUCAAUAUAUGCUUUAAAUUGCUAUUUAAUUUGUUUAUCCAUGUCAUAUAUACGAUUUCUUGCGAAUACUGGGUGUGGCAUUCUUGCGUGAACUUCUUUACGGUGUUUGUUAUAUUAUUUCAUGAAAUAACUCUCCGUUUUCUUUUUA